AUGAUCGACCUAAGUGAUCCAGAAGUAGUAAGUGCACAUGAGCCGAAGCGACCAUCCAACUUCGCAUACAGUGUUAAGGACAGUUAUUAUGGCACUGACUACUCUAGGCACGAGUCGAGCGAUGCUACGGGCACCAAGGGCCAGUACCAGGUGAGUCCAGCUAUGCCUCCGGGCACCAAGGGUCAGUACCAGGUUCAGCUCCCUGACGGGCGGCUGCAGACGGUAAUCUAUCGCGCGGAUAAAGAUGGGUUCCAUGCUCAGGUUCUGUACGAAGGUGAACCUCAUCACCCCGCGCCCCAGCACCAUCCCGCGCCCCAGCACCAUCCCGCGCCCCAGCACCGCCCUGAGUCCCAGCACCGUCCUGAGUCUCAGCGCCAGCCUGAGUCUCAGCGCCAGCCUGAGUCCCAUUACCACCUUGAGUCCCAGCGCCAGCCUGAGUCCCAGCGCCAGCCUGAGUCCCAGCGCCAGCCUGAGUCCCAGCGCCAGCCUGAGUCCCAGCGCCAGCCUGAGUCCCAGCGCCACCCUGCCUCAUCCAUCCCCUCACAAGUCUAUUACUCAACUCCCAAACGAGUCUACCACUCCACACCCAAGCCAAUCUACCACUCCUCACUCAAGCCAGUCUACCACUCCACAUCCAAGCCAAUUUACCACUCCACACUCAAGCCAGUCUACCACUCCACAUCCAAGCCAGUCUACCACUCCACACUCAAGCCAGUCUACCACUCCACAUCCAAGCCAGUCUACCACUCCACACCCAAGCCAGUCUACCACCCCACUUCCAAGCCUGAAUCAGUUUAUAACACUCACCCUAAAGCCAUGCACAAUGUCCCAACGACAGGUUAUCGAAUAACACCUAAGCCUCAACACCUAUUUACACCUGAACUAGCCUAUCAUUCUACACGUAAGCCAGCCUAUUACUCGACACGUAAGCCAGCCUAUCAUUCUACACGUAAGCCAGCCUAUCACUCAACUCCAAAGACUGUACUCCAGUCACCUCUCAAGUCAAUUUACCAGUCAAAACAGGAAACAUUUUACCUAACAACACCCAAUUCGAUUUUUUAUUCAACCCGGGGUCCUGAGAACAGGUUCCCGGCCGAGCCAGCAUACCUGGACUCUGAACCCGAGUACAAGCCGCAGGAGAGCGGGUACAAGCCGCAGGAGAGCGG